ACGUCAGCGUGUCCCGGAAGUACAACAUGGCUCAUAUGCAGCUCCUGUGCUAAACCUUCACAGCUGAUGCGAGAUGCCUCCGAUGUGUAACAAAAUGAGAAGAUAUGGACUUCCUCUUUUGCACCGUGCCUCCUCUUUGUACAUCGCCAAAAACACCUGCUGCCUUCACCAAAGACUAUCCCGUCCCUCCGCCAUUUUCCCCAGUGCCAGAUGUUUCACCACAGCUGUGAACACUGAGCACAUACAAGACCUGAGUGGACCAGAGCAGAGACUUCUCAAUAAACUGUAUGAGGGGCUGAUUGGAGGGCAAAGGGCGUCUCUGGCAGAGUCUAUCACAUUAGUGGAGACCCAGCAUCCCAGGAAGAAGGAGCUGGCUCAGGUGCUGCUGCAGAGGGUGCUGGCCUACAGGAGAGAGCAGGAGAAGCAGAACAGAGGGAGGCCGCUGGCGUUCAGAGUGGGUCUGUCUGGUCCUCCUGGUGCAGGGAAGUCCUCCUUCAUUGAGGUUGUGGGUAAGAUGCUGACGGGACGGGGGCAUAAAGUGUCCGUUCUCGCUGUGGAUCCAUCCUCGUGCACAACAGGAGGCUCCCUCAUGGGCGAUAAAACCCGAAUGACUGAGCUCUCCAGGGACAUGAGCGCGUUCAUUCGGCCCUCGCCCACCUCCGGGACCCUGGGCGGCGUUACCAGGACGACCAACGAGGCCAUCGUUCUGUGUGAAGGCGCCGGCUAUGACAUCGUCCUGGUGGAGACUGUGGGUGUGGGACAGUCCGAGUUUGCAGUGGCUGAUAUGGUCGACAUGUUUGUGCUCCUGAUUCCUCCAGCAGGGGGCGACGAACUCCAGGGUAUCAAGAGGGGCAUCAUAGAGAGAGCCGACCUGGUGGUGGUCACCAAAGCGGACGGGGACUUGCUGGUUCCUGCCAGGAGGAUCCAGGCCGAGUACACCAGCGCCCUCAAGCUGCUGCGGAGACAGACGCGAUCCUGGAACCCAAAGUCUGCAGGCCAGCUCUAA